AAAAUUUAAGCAUUUAAAUGGCACCUCCUACAGUUCCCUUAAAUAGACCACUUUAAGCACCUCAAUAUGCAUAAUCAUAACCAGCCCUCUUCGGAUAGCCCUAAACAUACUAGCCUUUAUAGACAGUAGCUCCUAUUUAAUAUCAACCUUACAAUGCUCCUUUGACCUACAGUGUUGCUUGCCCUGUUUAACCUGUUGUUUAAUAAGUUGUUGCUCCACAACCAAUAUUAGCUCAAUCUUAUGUAGCUCAGCCAGUCAUUGCUUAACCUGUCCAAUAAUCAGUUCAUGUAUUAAUUUUAAAUGAUAAAUAGCCAUCAAUCAAGGGAGAAUCAAGAAUAGAAUAUAUUCCUUAUUAGAAAGCCAUAACAGAGUAUGAAGAAUAAGAAGUUGUAUAAUAUGUACCAAGAGAAAGAAAAGUGACUGAUUAUUACGCUGUUGAAUACUAAACCGAAUAUAUCCCAUAAGUAUAUUAGGAGAAAUAUACAGGUAUUUAUAGUUAAAUAAUGUUUAAGAAUAUGUACCAAUGGAUAGAUACUAAGAAAGAGUUGAAUAUUAUCCAGUGGAAAGAUAAGUAGUUCAUUAAUAAGUUGUUUAAUAACCAGUUUAAGUUGUUUAAUAACCAGUCUAAGUUGUUUAAUAACCAGUUCAAGUUGUUUAAUAACCAGUCUAAGUUGUUUAAUAGCCAGUCUAAGUUGUUUAAUAACCAGUUCAAGUUUAUUAAUAACCUGCUUAAGUUUAUUAAUAACCAGUCUAAGUUUAAUCCAUUUAAACUGUACCAGUAGCAUAUGCCCAAUAAUAUGCUUCUCCUAUCAUUUCUUCAAGAGUGGUUCCAGCUUAUCAACCCUAAUAGUAUUAACCAGCUGCUUAAAGAGUAUAACAAUAAGUUCCACUAAGAUCAGAUUUGAAUAAUAUAAAUUGA